UGGCUGCAACCACUAGCCAGUCGUCUUGCAGUCGCCAGCCAGUGAUGGAACUGUUGUUAUUCCUGGGAGAACAAUGAAUUGCUUUAUGCAGGGGGGUCAUGGACCAGAGGCCAGCUGGAUGCCCCUACGGUUCAGGGGCCGCACUAUCGUCGACCAGACCGGCAACGUUGCCGAUGAACUGCCAUUCCACCUGCAGGCCUACGGAUAUCCGAGCCGCAGUAUAUGGGUCCUGAAGGCCUAUAUCUGUUCCCAGCGGAUGUAGACCUCCUGGACGCUGACGAUAUAGACCACGGACAAGCCCUAUCAGGACCUCAGGAUAGUCAGUUCAUCAUUCCAUCUAUACCAACAUGCACUUCAACCAAAUGAUCAACGUGGUGGGCUGCCACUGCGCCGGCGAAGUAGGCGAUGUCAUCGUCGGCGGCGUGCUGAACCCCCCCGGCUGCUCCACCAUGUACGACAAACUGGUUUACUUCCGGGAUCACGCCGACCACAUUCGCCAGCAGAUGCUGAACGAGCCGCGAGGCCGCCCAGCCAUGUGUAUGAAUCUCGUGCUGCCGCCCUGCGAUCCCCUUGCCGACGCCGGCUUCCUCAUCAUGGAAAGUGAGGAAUAUCCGCCCAUGUCCGGCGGGAACACCAUCUGUACGGCCACCGUCCUGCUGGAGACGGGCAUGGUGAAGAUGAGCGAGCCGACGACGACUAUCCUGCUGGACACGGCUGCCGGGCCGGUCUCCGUCACCGCGGACUGCGAGAAUGGCAAGUGUAAAGCGGUGGCGUUCGAUAACGUGCCGUCGUUUGUCUUCGCCCUGGACUAUCGCGUGGAGGUCCCGGGGCUGGGGACGGUCUCGGUCGACAUCGCCUGGGGUGGCAUGAUUUAUGCCAUCGUCGACGCAGCGUCCGUCGGCCUGCGCAUCCGCAAUCAAGACGGACCCAGGCUCAUCGAGGUGGGCGAGAGGAUCAAGCAGGCCGUCCAACGCGCGUUCACCCCCGUGCACCCGGAAAACCCGCAAAUCCGCGGCGUCAGCAUCCUGGAGUUUACCGACCCGCUGCAGGAGGAUUCCGCGGGAAAGAAGGUGGCGGUGAAUACGGUGGUUGUUUCUCCAGGACGCUUCGAUCGCUGUCCCUGCGGCACGGGCAGCUCGGCCAGGAUGGCGGUUAUGCAUGCGCGAGGCCAGCUGGCCGUGGGGGAGAAGUUCGAUCACCGCAGCAUCAUCGACAGCUCGUUUGAAUGUCAUAUUCGAGGCACGACGCGCGUGGGGGGCUACGAUGCGGUGCUUCCGACGGUGAAGGGAAGCGCCUGGAUUACGGGGUUCAAGCAGAUGGUGUUGGAUCCGACAGAUCCUUUCCCUCGAGGAUUCCGGGUGGGAGAUCAGUGGCAUGUAUCGGAGGCAGUUGAGCAUACAUAG